GCCUUUCUUAACGCUUCACAACAUGAUCAACUUCUCCGGACUGCUGACUAAACGAAGGGUAGUCAAUCUUGGUGAUAGAAAGACACCAGUGAGUUCACGCUCGUUCCUAGAGCAGUCAAGAAUUACCAGAAUCCAGCGAGAUCAACAACGUACACAAGAAAAGUCGGCUGUCACUUUACAAUGUUACAUCAGAAGAUAUUUAGAUUUGAUGAGAUAUUCCCAGCUGUUGAUUAAUGAAUCGAAACAAGAGGUUUCCAAUGAACAAGAGUGGAUACGUUCCAUCAAAAUCAAUAUUAUCUUGUGUAAAUGGUACAUUCCCAGUCAUAAAGAUGUGGGGUUGAUUCAGACAAUAUAUUCCAAACUUGACCAAUCUGGUUGGGCUCUCCAUGAGAACUUGUAUAAUUCUUUAUUACAAGCUUUGAUAGGUGUGUUUAUCCUUAUCUUCCAAACCAUUAAACUACUCAUGGACAAAUUUAACUCAGAUUACAACAUGAAGGUGGCGAAUCUUACGUCUUACUUGUAUAAAUUCUUACACCAAUCUCAAAUACAAGGUGAUCAAAAACAAGAGGUUUUAGAUAUGAUUUAUGCAAUUAACAUUCGAGAUUCAUUUGAAAAUUUCAUACAAGUGUUGAAACUAACAUACCCUGGUCCAAACAUAAAUUAUUUGAAUAUUCUUCGUCCUAUCAUCCUACAGAACCAGGAAGAACUUGGCCAGUUCGAAGAGCUAGACUUGAUUCAAAUGCUUGCUAGUUAUUUAGCCAUAUUAGGAAGCGUUGACUACACCAAGGACGACUUUGUAAUAAUUGCUGCAUUACUUGUAAAUACCAACUGUAUUGUCGGACUGGAAGUGGAAACUGACGAUAAUGACUCUCAAGUUGACCAAGGGAGAAUAGUUCAUGUGGAUAAGUCGGUUGUGACACAAUUGGAGAAAUUAUACACUUCAAAUUUCAUUAAAUCGACAAUUACAUUGUUAACUGGUGAAAACAACUCCCUUGCAUUAAAGAUUUUACUUCCACUUAUAACGUUAAUUCCAUCAUUGACUGGAAAAAUCUCCAUGUUCAUUUCCAUUAUCCCCGAUUGCUUCUAUUGGUUUUAUCAAACAAUACAAGGAAAUGAGAUAUUUGAUAUGUUUCUAAAUAGUGAUAAAGACUAUAUUCCAAGUGAACAAUUAGAGACUCAUUCUAAUGAUAAGUUUUGGAAAUUGGUGUUGUUGUUUGAAAAACUGUAUUCAUACUGGUUAAUUGUAUCCAAUGAUUUAGAAAGCUUUGCCGAUGACAAAUUAUCCUUAAUCCAUGUUAAGCAAUAUCUCAAGUUUUUGAGAACACUUUGUUUGACGUUGGUGUUUAAUAACAAUUUCCCCCAUUAUUCUGAAUUAAAACAGAUUUCAAUUGGAUUGUUAAACCAAUUAUAUUUGAAGAACUUACGAUUAAAGUUUUUAAAUCAAAACUUUUGGAUUCCUAGAAGUAUAACAUUUGAUAUUGACGUUUUGAUUAGAGUUGUUGCAGAGGAAGAAGUACAGGACCUGGAUGAGGAAGAACCUAAAUUUUCCGUGACCAGAACAGUUCCAAAUGAAGUUAAAGCACGAGUGGAAAUUCUUAAAACCAUGCCAUUUUUCAUUUCAUUCAAGGAUAGAGUGAGAAUAUUCCAGGCUUUGAUUGAGUUGGAUCGAAUGAGAGCAUCUAAUACAAGCUUUAACUUUUUCUCGUUUGAUGAACCUGCAAGGUUAUCAGCGGAUAUUAGACGUGAGAAUUUGUUGGUAGAUGCCUUUAAUGCAUUUAAUAAGUCGGGGGCAAGCUUUAAGAAUAGAAUUCAAGUAGUGUUUUACAAUGAAUAUGGACAGGAAGCUGGUAUUGAUGGAGGUGGUAUUACCAAGGAGUUUUUAACUAGUGUUGUUAAAGAAGGGUUCAAUCCCGAGAAUGAAUUGAAACUUUUCAAGGAGACAUUGUCACAUAAUCAAUUAUAUCCCAACAACGAUAUCUACGAUAAGUUACACCUUGGGCUUGAGAUGGAAGCACAACAGGUUAGGUUACAAUAUUUGCGUUUUUUGGGUAUGGUUGUUGGGAAAUGUUUCUAUGAGAAUGUGUUGAUUGAUAUUUCCUUUGCACCUUUCUUUUUGAACAAGUGGUGUAAUAUGAAGAAUUCAAUCAACGAUUUAAACUACUUGGAUAGUGAAUUGUUUGUUAAUCUUAUGAAAUUAACCAAGAUGACCAAUGAAGAACUUGAGGCAUUAGAUUUAAAUUUCACCAUAUACGAAAAGGUCAAUCAGAAGACAUACUUGUUUGACUUAGCUCCAAAUGGACAAUCAACUCAAGUAAAUUCAUCUAACAUACUUCAAUACAUUCAUCAACUUUCCAAUUUCAAAUUAAAUCAAUCAUUAACAAUACAAACCAGAUCCUUCCUCCAAGGUCUCUUUCUGAUUAUAUCUUCCAAUUGGUUAAACAUGUUUGAUUGUUUUGAAUUACAAAUGUUGAUUUCGGGUGAGCCAACUGAUGUGAAUAUCAAUGAUUGGAAGUUGAAUGUAGAAUACGGAGGAUAUCUUGAAAAUGACCUUACUAUAAAAUAUUUCUGGCAAGUUGUGGAAGAGAUGACCAAGGAACAGAGGUUCAAGUUGAUUAAGUUUGUUACCUCAGUAGGUAGGGUGCCGUUAUUAGGAUUCGGGUCAUUGAAUCCGAAGUUUGGGUUAAGGAAUAGUGGAAGAGAUGGUGAUAGAUUGCCUACUGCUUCAACUUGUGUUAAUUUGUUGAAGUUACCAGAUUAUCAAAAUAAGCAAAUAUUGAAGGAGAAGUUAUUGUAUGCUAUCAGUAUUGAUUCAGGAUUUGAUUUAUCUUAAUCAAGAUAUAACGUUUUCGAGACUAUUUUACGAUAGAGGAGGGAAUGAUCUUAGAAAUAGAUGUAUAUUAUAUAGAAAUUCAACUGGUUUGUCUAACUUUUUCUUAGUAUUUCAUACUAAUACACUUACCCUACCCUAUUCUAUGUAUAUAGGUGUUACGUACAAUAUUAGAGAUGAUGCAAUCUCCAAAAAAAAUGGAUUUAAAAACAAAAAUUCUGCAUGAACUGAACAGGUGAUAUGACUCUAAGCUACUUAAGCUCUUACCCUUCUCUUGUUCUUCAAUAAGAUCUUUUGCUUGACUUGUUCAGCUUCGGAUUCAGAUUCGCUUUCCAUUUCUUCGUCUUCACUCAUCAUAUCCUCAGAUGCAAUUUCUUCCUCUUCUUGUUCUUCGACCAUGGCAUUUUCUCUGGCAGCUUGUCUUUCGGCCUUUCUUCUUAAUUCAACUUCUCUCAUCUUCAACAAUUCUGGGUUUUCUUCAACCAACUUUCUGUCAGCAGCCAUUUGUUUUUCCUUGUUACCUCUCAUUCUGUUCUUGUAGAAGGCUCUUUCUCUUCUCUGUCUAAUUUCUUCGACUCUAGCCAUACCCUUAAGAGUAGUAGCAACUAAAUCUCGGUUAUAUCUAACAGGAACGUUUCUUCUAGCAGCAAAUGUCAAGGUAGAGUCAACAACUAAUUCCUUACCAGCGGCCUUACGGAAUGCCUUGGUCCAUUUCAACUUUCUUGGGUUACGACGUUGUUUGAAUGCUUUGUGACAUUUUGAUCUACAAAAUCGAAAUUCCUUAGCAUCGUUACGAACAAACAUUAUCCCGUGUAAUGGAUACACUGGAGAUGAACAGAAAUGACAUUGAUAUAUUCUCAUGAUGGUGUAUUAGUGUAGAUAGUAAGUGUUCAACUGAAUUAUACUCUUCUUGUAU